CCUACCAAAAGCAAUACAACCAAGCGCGGCUCGCGCCCCGCUCGCGCCCGCGACUCGUCCCACGUCGACGCAGGCCGAUGUCACGACCGCCCAGCCCGUAAAAAGCACGGAGGCGCUCGUCGCGGCCGUCGCCGUGCCCGAGCCCGACAAGAAGGGCAAGUUCACGUCCGGCCUCUGUGCGUGCUGCAGCCACAUCUGCACGUGUUGCAUGGCGAUGUGGUGCUGCACGGACGCGGUGAUCCUCGGCAAGAUGCUGCGCAUAAAUCAAAAUUUCACGGCGCCUUCGUGCUGAAUCGUCGCGUCGAGUCGUCGACCACGCCAUCGACGCGACGCCUGCUCGAUAGCGUACGCACAGGCCAGAUGUACGAGAAGCAGGACCCCGAAAAACGCAAGGGCAGCUGCAUGAAGAUCAUUGGUUACUUCUUCUUCCUCUACGUCGUCAUCAUCGUCUUCUCGUGCCUCGGCUACGACUACUACGGCAGGAGCUCGAACCGCGGCAUGCCGUUGGCUACCAUCUCGGACAUCUUCUACUGUUUAUGGGUGAUAUCGUUCGUCGGCGCCAUCGGGUACAUUCGCUACGUGAUCCGCCACAAGUACGACAUCCCCCCCCAGUGCUGCACCUGCGAUGAGGAGGGGGUAUGCGACGACUGCUGCUGCGCGUUCUGGUGCGGAUGCUGCACGACUGCCCAGGUCGCGCGUCCGCGGCGGCGUCCUCGAUCAUGUCGCGUCGACGCGCGGAGGUCGACGCCGUCGCCGCGACGCGCCCCUCGUCGCAGGCCACGAGUACGCGAUUCCCGCGACCGGCACCGUCAACUACUCCUGCACGACGGCGACCGGCGAGCCGUGAGGAGCGGCGUCGGCGGCGAGCAUGCUAGAGCGCCCCCCCCCCAUCCGCUCCCCGCGCUCCCACCGCUCGCCGAGUAA